AUGACCACAGAAAAAGAGCCUGAAUUAGACCAUUCCAACAAUAACACUAGAAACGGUGGUUCCAAUAGAGAAGUAACGAAUACUUUGACUAACGAGGAAAGAUCAAGAAGCAUAGUAUCUGACGAAAGUUCUGAUUUAAGUGAUUUAGACUCAAUAGCAGAAACUGAAAAAAUGUAUGGAGGUGAAUCACAAUUAAAGAAACUCUCCAAGAGAGAAGAUGAUACCACAUUGCAUGAAGAAGAAGAAGAAGGAGAAGAAACCACAGUUGUCAAAGAAGAUUAUAUUGAUCAAUUAGCUGAAGAUAAAGAUGAAGAUAUCGAUAUUGAAAGUCAAGAUGUUGGAAGUGUAGUGGAAAAAUUGAAAAAUAGUGAAGAACCAAAUGAUUUGAAAUUGAAUGGCAUUGGUAAUGGUAAUGGUAAUGGUAAUGGAAGUGGUAAUGAAGAUGGAAAGAAACGUAAAUUGAGUAAUGGUUCAAAUGAUGUUUUCAAGAGAAGAAAAACAGAAGAACAAGAGGAAAAGGAAGAAGAAUCACAACCACGGAAGACAACAAGUAAUGAACCAGAACCUGAUGAUCAAGAUAAUCAAGAUAUCAAAAUUGAAGUCAAUGGAAAUGCUAUAGAGAAAAAUUCAAAUGGUUCAGGUAAUGAUUUGAAUGGUGAAGAGGAAAAAUCAUCAGAAGCCAUUACAAAAGCUGAAGAAACAAUCAAUCAAGCCGAGGAAGAAGACAUUGAAGCUCAAGAAGAAGAAGAAGAAGAAGAUAAUGAACAUGAACAAGAAGAUGAAGAUCAAGAUCAAGAAGAAUUAACAGAAGAACAAAAAUUAGUUAAAGAAAAAGAAGCUGAAUUAGAACUUGAAAAACAAAAACAAAGGAAAGAAGCUAUACAAUAUCUGACAGAAAUUGAAAUUGAUUUUGCUAAAUUGAGAGAUCGUCUGUAUGAAGAUAAAAUGUCAAGAUUUAAAUCAGAAUUAGAAAUGUGUCUAAAUGGAUCACAUCCAGAAUUACAAAAUGUUUAUUCAAAGAUAAAUUCACAUACAGAGGAAAAAAUAAGGCUUGCUUCACUUAAUCAAAAAUAUAAAUUUGAAAGUAUAGAUAGGAAAACAAAAGCUGAAAGAACUUCAAUUCAUCAACAAUUUUAUAAACAAGUUUCAGAUUUUAGAUCAUCAUAUUUAAAAGAUAUUACAAAAGAAUGGUAUCAAAUUAAUAAAGAAAGAAGAUUAUUAGAUACUAUAGUACCUGAAUAUUCAUAUAGAGUUCCAGAAUAUGUUGAUGAAUUAGUUGAACAAAGAUCACAAGUUAAUCAAGAAGUUAGUAUAUUAAUGGGACUAAAUAAAUAUUUUGGAUUCCCCAAAGCUCCAAAUUUAAAACCAACUGAAGGUGAAGAACUUGAUAAUGAUUUAAAAGCUAUGAAUAUAUUGUAA